AUGAGGUUAACAGCACUAUGCAUAUGUGGGACCCUGCUGGCCUUCUUGAGCCUCUCUUGGACCACGGCAGACACUGGUGAAGGAUUCCUCCAGGGGGAUAAAGGAUUUGGGCCCUGCGCUGCAACUCUGAGACCUGCGGUGCCGUGCAGACAGGGGCCGGAUGACAGCAUGUGCCCCUACCUAUUCAGUCUGCCACCGCUGACUGUCCAUUUGCCAAAGCAGCUCAGAGAGCUGGAGAAGAUCAUGAAGGAUCUGCAGAAGCUGAAGGACAAUGUGGACCAACUGAGGGAGCUGUGUGCAGACUGUAAAGUAAGCCAAAGUGAGAGAGCAUGUGGGAGACAAGGAGAAAAAGAGUAUGAAAUGCUGAUUCAGGCCAAAAACCGUAGCCCUUGGCCAUCUCAAAGCUCAGACCAAAAGACUGGUGUGAAACCUCCACCGAGCCGAGCACCAAAGCCAGCUGAAGUGAGUCACUCUCCAGAGGACACAGAAUUCAGUCUCAGCAUGAUGAAAACUAUCAGUCUGGAUUCAAAGAGCCCUAACAGCCUGGAAGCUGAUCCCUUGCCUCACCUUCACGUUCUCCCUGAGGCCUUUACAAUGAGCCCAGACAGCAGGAUCACCUCUGAUCUGAGGCCACAAACAGCCAGUCAACCAUCAUCGAUCCCAAUGACAACAAGACCAAACAAAGCCAUCCGUGGAAUCCUCCCAAGUGUUAUCCCUAGUGCCAGUCCAGGAUCCACAAAGCCAAACCCCGCUUCUAAAGGUGACUCCGGCUUACGAGCUAAGAUACUUCACAAUGUAGGAAAAAAAGCACCCAGUAAGACGACUAUUCUUUCUCCCAGUGCUCAACUCAUCCCCACAGUUAGCUCUGACUUCAAGUCAACAACCCCGGCCACCUCUGGCCCCGAGGCCCCAGCUGUUGAGUCCUCCACAUCCAGCGCACGUGAGCUGCGUGUGAAAAUCCAACAGGUGCCUGCUUUCCCCUAUAACAGUCCAAAAGGAAGACCAUCGGACAGGCGUCCAAAAGAGCAUCUGGAGGACAACCAGGGAGGCAACAAAUCCCCAACACUGAUACCAUCUGAAGUUACCGUGGCGAGAGACUGCUCUGACCUGCUGCUGUUGGGAGAGACUAAAAGUGGAGUCUACCAGGUGACUCCAGAACCCCAGGGCAGAAGCGUCCCGGUUUUCUGUGACAUGGAGCAGCAUGGCGGAGGAUGGACUGUCCUGCAGAACCGGCAGGACGGCAGCGUGAGCUUCAACCGCACCUGGGCGCAAUACCGAGCAGGCUUCGGUGAGCUGGACGGUGAGUUUUGGCUGGGCAACGACAUGAUCAACCUGCUGACCCGGGACAGGGAAAUGAUGUUGUUUGUGGAGCUGGUGGACUUUGAAGGAGGGAUGGGGUAUGCACAGUAUGACCACUUCAGGGUGUCAAGUGAGCGGUUGCGGUACAAGCUGUCAGUAAGAGGUUACUCUGGCACUGCAGGUGAUUCAUUUACCUACAGCAGAAGUUAUGAUCACAACAACAGAUGGUUCACCACCCCGGACAGGGACCACGACCGCUAUCCAUCUGGGAACUGCGGGGCCUACUACAGCUCCGGCUGGUGGUUUGAUGCAUGCAUGGCUGCAAACCUUAACGGAAGAUACUAUACAGGAAGAUACAAAGGGAUCCGGGAUGGGAUUUUCUGGGGGACGUGGCACAACAUAUCGACAGAGUAUUACCCCACCAACGACAGACAGUCCUUUAAAAGUGUCAGGAUGAUGAUCAGACCAAAGGGCUUCACACCAUGA